AUAUAUAUAUAUAUAUAUUUUGCAAGUAGCACUAAAUUUAUAGGAUACUAAUUUGGUCUAUGACAAAAGUAGUAUUUUCAGUUCUCUCAAAAAAGAAAUAGUAUAUUUUCAGUUACAAAUUUCUCAAAACGGUUCAAAAUUGAAAAUGCUAGAGUGGACUAAUAAUUAAAUGAAAUUAGUUUCCGUUUAUACUAUUAUAUGUUUGUCCUUAUGUAAUUCAAUUCAAAUGGAAUAUUCAAACAAAGAAUAUGGUAAUUGGCCAGUGUACAUUUUACAGUUAUCAAAUAUUAAAGAUGUACCAAAACAAGUUUCAUGUGUCAUGUCCUCUAUUCUGGUUUUUCAACACUAUAAAUAGGACCCAUAUCUACACUAGAAAAUCACCCAUUACCCAACCAAAAAAAAAAAAAGUUAUUAUAUAUUGUUCUUAUUCUAGUCAUCUUUAUAUUAUUUCUCCUAAAGAUGAAGAAUAUCAUAGCUAUGUACUCUUUUGCUGUUGUUUUUGUUAUUUUCUCACUUACAUUUUCACCACAACUAACCCAUUGCAGGCCAAAUAAGCUUGACGACCUAAUCGAAAGCACAUGCAAACAAACACCCAAUUACAAUCUAUGCAUCUCUUCUCUUCAAUCCGACCCUCGAAGCUCAAAAGCAACAAACGUUGAAGGACUAGGCCUUGUAAUGGUCGAUGUGGUCAAGAGCAAAGCACAAGCAACUCUUGACCGCAUCAACCAAUUACUUAAGCAACAGAAAAGUAGUAGUACUAGUACUGGUACUACUACUAGUACACUGAAGCAAGCAUUGGAUCAGUGUGCUCUCAAUUAUGGCGCCAUUUUGAAUGGCGACAUACCACAAGCCACCGAGGCUUUUACCAAAGGUGACUUCAAAUUUGCGCAACAAGGUAGUGAUGAUGCUGCAAAUGAGGCUAAUUUGUGUGAGAAUGAGUUCACACCAUCUGGCUCUUCUCCUAUUACUCAGAUGAACAAAGAUGUUCAUGAUGUGGCUCUUGUCACUUCCUCCAUGGCUAAGAUGUUAUUAUUUGCUUAUUAGUACUUUAUUUUUAGUUAUGCACUUUGUAUUUUCUUUUUAAUUCGUGCUUAUCUAUUUUGUGUUAUAAUGAAUAAAAUUUAUUAUUUUGGAAUAAUUAAACAAUGAACUGGCCUACCUUUUAAAGAUUGCUCUUUUAACAAA